CUAUUUUGGUAUUUUUGUACCACUGUUGAUACGUCGGAAUAUUAGUAACAAUCAUUUCAGCUGGUUUGGUGCUAGUGAUUGUGGAGUGUUUAUUUGAACCUAACUUUGAAAGGAGAGAAACAGUUUGAACCAUUUCUAGUGCGAUAGUCGAUAUGCUUCUGAAAAGGGUCUGCCAAAACCAGACCACUAACACAUAUCAGAAUGCAUUUUUUCGUUUGUUUUCAACCCAACUUCAAGGGGCUAAUACUGAAAUUUCAAAGGAGCAGACAAGCGACUACAACAAAGCAAUACCUUAUUCCGAAAUCCCUGGACCAUCAUCAUUUACGUUUUUCAGAAGCCUUUUACCCGGCGGAAAGUACUUCAAAAAAGAACUUGAUGAGAUAACCCAAGGACACAGACAAGACUAUGGAGACCUUUUUAAAUUCCCCUCCAUAUUUGGUAGUUUCGAGUUUAUUACGACACACCGUCCAGAAGAUUUUCAAACAGUAUUCCGAACUGAAGGACAAUGGCCUGUGCGUACAGUAUUGGAUACUAUGGUAUACUAUAGAACCAAAGUACGUCCUGAUAUAUUUGGGAAACAUGCAGGAUUGGGAAAUGCUCAAGGUAAAGAAUGGGGCGAAUUUCGAUCAGCUGUCAAUCCUGCAAUGGCGCAACCCAGAAGUACAAAAAUUUACAUUCCCAAAGUGGAUACGGUCGCAGCAGAUUUCGUAAAAAGAGUUUGUCAGAUUCGGGAUACAAGAACAAAAGAAGCGCCCGAAAACUUCGAAUUUGAGCUCAAUAAAUGGGCACUGGAAGCAGUGGCACUAAUAGCCAUGGAUACUCGUCUGGGACUGCUGUCCGAUAAUUACAACGAAAGGAGUGCCAAUUUGAUUCAAGCGUCGAAAGAAGCCUUUCGUCUAUUUUUUGAGCUAGAAUUUAAACCAUCUCUGUGGCGUUUCUUCAGAACACCGAAUUUCAAAAAGCUAAUGAAUUCCUUUGAAACCAUCACAAAUAUAAGUUGUGAAAUUAUCGAAGAAGCCAGAGAAAGAUUUAAUAAUAGGCCAGAAGGUUCGCGAAGUGAGGACCCAGGGGUAUUAGAAAAACUGCUCGAAAUCGAUCCACUUCUCGCAAAAGUUAUGGCCAUCGACAUGCUUUUUGGAGGACUAGAUACGACAUCUUCUACAGUCACCGUUCUUCUUUAUUUACUCGCAAAAAAUCCCGACAAGCAGAACACUCUUCGUAAAGAAGUUAUGACAAUACUCCCAAAUAAGGAUUCUCUAUUGACCGUUGAAAAUAUGAAGCAUUUGCCUUAUUUACGAGCAUGUCUUAAGGAGAGCCUAAGAAUUCUCCCUCCUGUAGCUGGGAAUAUUCGAAGUGCUGGACAAGAUAUAGUACUGCAGGGAUAUCAGAUCCCAAAAGGAACGCCAGUAGUCAUGGCGUCAAAUAUUCUACAAAAAGAAGAUGAACACUUUCCGGAUGCAGGUAAAUUUGAACCAGAGCGAUGGCUGAAAAGGGAUGGUGCCACAGCUCCUGCCAAAUCAGCACACCCAUUUAUUUUCUUGCCGUUUGGAUUUGGACCCCGUAUGUGUGUUGGGAAGCGAUUCGCGGAGAUGGAAAUAGAAACGUUAAUUGCCCGAAUAGUUCGAAACUUCCAGAUCGAGUGGCACCAUCCAGAUUUGAAAUUUACUUUUACUACUCUGAAUGUACCAGCUGAUAAGCUAUUGUUUACCUUUAGGGAUAUUGUUGAAUAAAGAAAAUUUGGUAAUCA